AUGUGGCUCUUGUCUACAUCUCGCGCAGAGCUACAGUAUUUCGACAGUCCGGAAACCGUCCCCGGCGGCUAUGCGAUCCUCUCGCAUGUCUGGCAAUCAGACGUCGCUGAGGACACGUUUCAAGACCUUCGGAAGCUCUAUGCCCGCUGUAGUGAAGCCAGCUCAUGCCCGCGCGACUACGUCUCUUCAAAAACCCGGCAGUGCUGCAUCCUCGCGGAACAAGAAGGGUACCAGUACGCCUGGAACGACACGUGCUGCAUCGACAAGUCGAACGACGUCGAGCUCUCCGAGUCCAUCAAUUCGAUGUUCCGAUACUACGCUCAGGCCGAGAUCUGUUUCGCCUACCUCUACGACGUCCCCUCCGGCGACGUCCAGAACGACUCCGUCUGCCGACAUCGGUUCCGCAUCAGCAGAUGGCACGAGCGCGGGUGGACCCUCCAGGAGCUUCUCGCGCCCGAGUCUCUCGUCUUCUUCUCUCAAGACUGGGAGGUUCUCGGCACCAAGUGCGAUCUCGCUGAACUACUGGAGGAGGUGACACAGAUCCCACGGGAGGUCCUUCGCCACGAGCAGGAGAUCACGGAGAUGAGCGUCGCGCAGAGGUUAUCGUGGGCGGCAACCCGCCGGACGACGAAGGUCGAGGACGAGGCAUACUGCCUCAUGGGCAUUCUCGGGAUCAACAUGCCUACGCUGUACGGCGAAGGGAGCAACGCGUUCCGUCGUCUUCAAGAGGAGAUCAUGAGGCAGUCCACCGACAUGUCACUCUUCGCGUGGGGUCAUCAUCUUGACGACACCGGCACCCUCCCCUCGUCCCUGGUUCUCCAAGCUCCUCCGAGCCUCGACAGUCAUCAUUCAUUUUUGCUCGCUCCUUCCUCAUCGGUGUUCGUCACAUGCGCACACGUCCGUCAAGUCUGUCACGCGGAGUCUCAGCAGUUCUUCAAGGCCGGCGAUAGACACGUGAGUGUCCUUCAUUCGCUCCAGACUGCAUCCCAACAGUCCCUGGUGAAGCGGGUCAUGCGCAAGAAGGUGGCAGGCCUCCACAUUUUCACUGUUACUCCUUACGGAGUACACGCGCGGGUUCCCGUCAUCAAGCUUUCAGCAAGCAUCGCCGUGGCGGUCCUCCUCUGCUCGGUAUCCACAACUGGACAGCAAUUAGGUCUCCUCCUGACCGCAUCUCCUGCUUCGUCUGACCCCUCACGUCCACUGUACUACCCCUGCAUCACCACCUCCGAAAACUCAUCCUAUCGCCUGGUCCCCCUCGACACCUCCCGCGGACAGCUCUUCCUCUUCGGCAAGCCCGCCUCCGCAAAGUGGCGCGACAUCUACCUCGCGCACCGCCCGCCGCCCUCUCCCCCCGCCCGGCGCAUCUUCCUCAACCGCAGCCUCACGACCCCCUUCCGCAUCCCGCGCUGGACCUUCCACGCGCUCGCGCGCGCGCGCCACCACCUCGAGCUCCUCGCGCCUGCCGGCGGCGACGCCUCCCCGGACUGGGACGGCGCGACGCCGACGACGCUCGUCCUGAGCACGAGCGCGGACCUCGCACGCGCGCGCUUCGGCGUGCUCCUCGGGCGCUGCGGCGGCGACCGCGACCGCGAUGCGGCGCCGCCCCCGACGUUCGGCGGCGCACCGGGCGGCGGUCAGUGCCAGGGCGACCACCAGUGCGCGGUGGACCACGUCGCGUCGUGGCCGGACUUCGCGCGCGCGUUCAAGUUCACGGUCGUCGAUACCGACACGGCGGAGAAGGUGGUCGUGGAGGUCGAGCUCGCGUUCCGUGCGAGUUCGCUGGUUCAGCCUCUGGCUGCUCUGGAUAAGCCGAGUUGGAGCGCCGGGACGGAGAACGAGAGGGAGGUGCACCGUCGAACGUUCGUUACAGAUAUUUCCGUCCGACGUGGGGAAGCUUGGGUCGACCCUUUCCCUCAAUGA